AUGGCUGAACAGAAGUGUGUCCAGCUUUCCACGAAAGAGGUUACCAGCACUGUCCACAUUCUGGGCACUGAACUUUGCCUGGACAUCUAUGGAGAAGCCCCAAGGGCUGCGACCUGCUUUGCGAUUGAGGCGAGCCAGGACCUGAAGGUCUACGCUGAACAAAUGACAAAACCGAAGGUCUCCUGCCAGGGCUCGAAAUGGCCGCUGGACAAGCAGGUCAAGAUCACCGCCACCAUGGAUGCCCGAAGCGCCGAAGUCAAUGACAAAAAGAUCAGCGUUUCGUACUAUGAAGCUAACAGCAAGGCCCCAAUUGCCAAAGCGAUUCUGCAUAUUACCUGCAUAGAAAUGUCCUUGGAUGCGGAUAUAAACCGUUCGGGAACGGUGACCAGAAGAGGGAAUCAAAAGGAUCAGUGGACAUGGGGGCCUGGUGGAAAAGGCGCCAUUCUCUUGGUGAAUUGUGACCGAGACAACCCUACAGCUGAAGAGGAAGACAACAAGGACAACAUCUUGACAUCCAAGGAAGAUCUCGAGGACAUGUCCCGUAUGAUCCUGACCGCUCGGGGGCCUAAUGAAAUUUUCAAAAUAUACAAGCUGACUCUUCAUAUCUCAGAGGCGGAUUGUGACAAAGUGGGGGUCUUCUACCCUCAAGCCAAGAAGGCGCAGAGACCUUACGAACACGUUCUAGGACCCGGAAAGACAUCCUACCAUGUGAAAUGGGACCUUCGUCAAGUGGAGGGCAUUUUCUACGUGGAAGGGCUGAAAUUCCCAGACAUUGACUUCCCAGGGCUUGUCACUUUCCACGCUUCGCUCCUGGAGACCGGGAAGAGGGUCCCAGAACCUUCCAUUUUCACUGAUACUGUGGUCUUCCGGGUCGCUCCAUGGAUUAUGACCCCAAACACCUUGCAGCCAGUUUCUGUUUAUAUCUGCAGUGUUCAUGAUAAUAUGGAUUUUGUGGAACGUGUAAGGAAGCUUGCCACUGAAGCUGGAUGCAAAUUUAUUGUCUGUCCAGAAGAGGAAAAUCGCAAUGACAGAUGGAUCCAGGAUGAGAUGGAGUUUGGAUAUACCCAGGCUCCCCAUAAAACAUUUCCAGUUGUCUUUGACUCGCCAAGGAACAGAGCGCUGGAUGUCUUCCCCUUUAAGAAGGUUUUGGGUCCAGAUUUUGGGUAUGUAAAACGGGAACUAUCCUCCGAGCAGUCUUCUUCCAGCCUGGAUUCAUUUGGGAAUCUUGAAGUCAGCCCUCCGGUGAACGUCAAAGACAAGGAAUAUCCCCUUGGGCGUAUCCUAAUAGGAAACCUUCCGCCUAGGCACAUUCAUGAGUCUAUGUCCAAACUAGUCCAGGACUUCCUUCACAGUCAAGUUGUACAAUCUCCCAUUGAACUCUACACGGAUUGGCUCAACGUGGGACACAUAGAUGAAUUCCUGAGCUUCGUGUCUGCCCCAGACCGGAAGGGUUUCCGCCUGCUGUUGGCCAGCCCCAGAGCCUGCUUCAAACUGCUGGAAGAGAAGGAACGAGAAGGCCACGGGGAAGCCAAAAUGCCUCAAGGUUGGAAAGGUGAUCGGCAGGCCCGUUCCAUAUCAGAAAUCGUCGCUGACGAAUACUUAAAGCAGUGGAAUAAUUAUUGCCAAGAGUGCAUUGAUUGGAACAGGAAAAUCCUUCACGAGGAACUGGAGCUGACAAAGGAAGACAUUAUUGAGAUACCUCAGCUUUUUAAAAGCAUCAAGGUUUCCGCUGAGGCUUAUUUCCCAGACAUGGUAAAUAUGAUUGUCCUGGGGAAAUACCUGGGCAUCCCAAAGCCGUUUGGGCCUAUCAUCCACGGCCAAUGCUGCUUGGAGAAAGAGGUCCGGCGUCUUCUGGAGCCAUUAGGAUUGUCCUGCAAUUUCAUCGAUGACUACUUAACUUACUACAUCCGCUUUGGUGAUGUUCAUUGUGGCACAAAUGUCCGUCGGAAGCCCUUCUCCUUCAAGUGGUGGGACAUGAAGCCUUGA